ACAAACAAACAAAAAAAAACACUUCUUUUACUGAGAACAACGAAUAUUACAUACUGGAAAAUACGAAAUUACAGGAAUACUUAAAAAUAAAUAAAUGCAUAAAAAGAGGCUGUUUGUUUUUUUGAUUUUACGAAGUUGAAUGUAUUCACCGAAAGCGGGAUCCUUUUCCUUCUGAGCUGUAACGUUGUUGCACGGAAGCACAGCACUGGUGGUGUUUACUUACAAGGACAUGUUUUAAUUUUUUUUUUUUUUUCCAACAAUAAUAUUAUAAAUCAGUGCUUACAUCCAAUUGAGAGAUACAGACGUUUGCAACGCCGCAAAAUGUGAUCGGCAUGAUUGUUUUCUGAACUGUGUAUUUUCUAAAUAAUUGCCCACGAGGGGAGAAUAUAUAUUCUGCGAGACCAGCUAUUGCAGGGCAAGCUGGCUGUCAUGCGGUAUUGAUCCCGGAGAAGUAUGUUUGGGCUGGAACAGUUUGAACAUCAGAUCAGUAGCAGAAACGUUGGCCACGGACAUAGAAACUUUAACCAGCCUGGACUGAACAUGAGCGCCCACUACAAGAACCCGACUUUCCACCCAUCAGGUCCGCCUGGAGCCGUGGAACAAGGCAUGGGCACUUUGAACGAGCCCUCAAUGCUGGGACUGAACAUGAACCUAAACGGGGAGCAGUACGGCUUUCACCCCCGGGGACAUUCUGAAAUACACGCAGGGGGGCUGCAGCAGCAACCGAUGCAUGGCUUUUUUAACAACCAGCAACCUCACCACGGGCACCCGCAUGGCCACCACCCUCAUGCCCACCAACACCACCCCCACUUCGGGGGCAAUUUCAGUGGACCUGAUCCCAGCGCAUCUUGCCUGCAUGGAGGUCGACUUAUGGGCUACAACAGCAGCAGCAUGGGGCCCCAGCAGGGCUUUGCGGAAGGUUUUGACCCUAUGGCAGAAAAUCAAGGUGCAGGAGGUGAGGGGUUUGGGCACCAGAGGCCAAGUAAUAUGCCUGAGUUUCAGCACCAUAACUCCCAAGCCACCAACCACGCAGUUCCGGCUCCUUGCCUCCCGUUAGAUCAAUCACCAAACCGGGCUGCCUCAUUCCAUGGCGUUCCGUCCACCACUUCAUCGGAUGCCCACAGCCUUGAGCAGCGGAGAAUGCCUGCUCAAGCUGGCGUGGAAACUUUGGAAUACAGUUACCCCAGCGAGACCCCUUCAGGACACUUUGAUAUGCCAGUGUUUUCCCCAUCAGAAUCUGAUGCACAGCUUCCUCACUACGGGGCUGGCAGGCAGGUACCUGGUGGCAACUUUCCUGGCAAUCCAGCUAUGCCAAGAGCACCAGGCAUGCCAGGCAUCUCUAAAGCCCACCCGCAGCAGCAGCAUGGCGUUUUCUUUGAGAGGUUUGGAAAUGCUCGAAAGAUGUCUGUGGGAAUGGAGCCUGGCAUCAACGCAAGGCAUCCAUUGAUGCAGCAGCAGCAAGGGGGCUUGCUGGCCAGACAAAACUCUUGUCCUCCAGCCAUCCCUAGGCAACCACCUACCGAGGCCAGUGCUCCUAACCCUAAUCUGCAAGACAACGGGGUGAUGAUGCCAGGCCAACAUAACCAGUUUGAAUACCCCAUUCACAGACUGGAGAACAGAAGUAUGCACCCUUACAGUGAUCCUAUGUUUAAUAUGCAGCAGCAGCCACCUCAGCAUCCACCAAACCAGAGACUGCAACACUUUGACACUCCCUAUUUGAAUGUGGCAAAGAGACCGAGGUUUGAUUUUCCAAAUAACCACAACCCUGAGAACUGUGCUACUUGGAACAGCAACAUACACAACCCGCCGGGCAUGGAAAACCACUUAUCUCCAUCUGCCUACCCUGGUCUUCCUGGGGAGUUUACCCCUCCUGUACCAGAGGGAUUCCCACCGGGUCCCGCUCUGCAGCACACAGGCCCCGAUCAGCAGUCUUUGCAGCAACGCCAAAAUGCAGCAAUGAUGAUUAAACAAAUGGCUUCCAGAAACCAACAGCAAAGAAUGAGGCAGCCUAGUCUCCAGCAGUUGGGUCACCAUGGAGAUGUCAAUCAAAACAGCAUGGUGCACGGCGGCCAAGUGGGAAAUAUGCCUCAGCCAAAUUUUGAAAGGGAAAGUGGGGGAAGGAUGGCUAACUUUGAUUCCCAGAACCCACAUAUGGCUCAGGAGAAUACCUGGUUUCCAGGUCCCCACCCUCCUGGAGAAAUGAUCCAGCGCAGGAUGGGUACCUCCAAUGUACCUGGAGAGGCCAGCCCACAUGAAAUGAAUAUGCAGCAGAAUGGGGCAAAUAUGCUCUUUCGGCCUGGGGUCAAUGGAAUGGGCAUGCAAGAGCCUAUGAGGAUGCCAGGAGAUGGACAUGUACAGGCUUUGCAUUCCCCUGGCAUGCAGUUUGGAAAUACUAUGGGCAACCUCUCCCAGAUCCAGUCUCCCGGGGCUGGGGUUGGGCUCCCAAAUGCACCGUCAGACCGAAGACCCCCAGACUUCCCCACACCACCUAUGGGGGCACAGCCGGGUUUCCCUUUCAGUGGGACAAACAGACCGGGAGCUUCCCACAACAACCCCCCAGGUGUGAAUGCUUCCCCCGGCAACUAUCCUUCCCAGUCUGAGUUUCAGCAAGGCCAGCGCUCCUCUGUUAGUAAGUUGGGGGCACUUUCACUGGGGUCAUUUAGUAAGACCAAUGCGAAAGAUAACAUGUUUGGACAGAGCUGCCUGGCUGCCCUUUCGACAGCCUGCCAGAAUAUGAUUGCCAGCCUGGGUGCCCCUAACCUCAAUGUUACAUUUAAUAAGAAAAGCCAAAAUGAAGGGAAGCGAAAGCUGAGUCAAACUGAGCAGGACAUAAAUAGCACGAAUGCUGGAGCCACUGGCAACAGCAGCAGUGGGCCUGAAUAUUUCCAGAGCAGUGCCUCUCAGAACAGUCAGAUGCCUGGUGCUGGGAAUAGUAACAGCAAGCUCUCAGGUCAAAGUGGCACAAGUCAGCCUACCCAAGGGGAAGCUAACCUCUCCCCAAACUACAAUAUGGACGCUACCCCAGUGAACGAAGGGAAGUCAGCGAUAGGGAGUGGGAGGGGGAGAGGGAGGAGAAAAAGGGACAGUGGGCAUGUGAGCCCAGGAAUUUUUUUUGACAAAUUUUCCUCCGACUGUGGGAACUCAGUAGUGAGUCCAGGGCAGCAGGGCCCACCAGCAAGUGCUGUAGAGCUGGGUGGUGGAACCCCCCAUGAUAAACCCCUCACAUCUCCCUCCUGGGGAAAGGGAAGUGAUUUGCUGCUUAGCGACCAGCCGGACCUCAUGUCCUCUUUGGACAGUGGGAUUCAAAGUAUAACAAAAUCGGACAAUAGCUCACCUCAUGUUGAUUUUCCAGAUGAUGUGAGCACAAAUUAUGGCAAUGAAGAUGAGGUGUCUUCUAGCUCAGACAACAACAUACCCAAACCUAAUAGGAGCCCUUUGGUCACCAGCUCCCCCAAAAUACAAAGGGGUGACCAUGGACUGCUUAACGGGCAGAAACAAAUGGGUCUUGGUAUGCUAAAUAACACUACCUCUACUCCAGACAGCUAUGGGCUCAGUAGCACUGGGGGCGGCCACCCUGGUACCCCGGGCAUGGAGCAGGUCCGCACCCCGUCUAGCACAUCGACGCAGGAUGAGAUUCACCCUUUAGAGAUCCUCCAAGCACAGAUCCAACUCCAGAGGCAACAGUUCAGCAUAACGGAAGACCAGCCUCUUGCUAUGAAGAACAAAAAGCCUGACUGCCCAAGCCAGAACGGGGAUAAUGAGUUGAUCAAUUGUGUCACGGAUGGUGGCAAAAACGCCAUGAGCACUAUUGACCUUGACUCUCUGAUGGCAGAACAACAUGCUACCUGGUAUAUUCCCAGUGAUAAGUCCUUGAUGGAGGGCCAGGAAGAUGACAAAUCCAUGGCACCAUGGGAAAAGACAAAACCUCAAAAUAACAACAAAGAAGCCCAAGACCUACCCCAGAACAAACCCUCUGCAGCGGGCCAGAAUGGAAGCCAUGUUCAGUGUCUGACGGUCCACUGUAACGAAGACAUGGGCGAGGCGAAGGGACGAACACCAGUGCCACCCUGGAGGUCACUGCACUCAGACAUCUCCAACCGCUUCGGGACCUUUGUGGCAGCGCUGACCUGACUAAAAUGACUCUUUUUCUAAAAAGUAAAAAUAGCGAAUCAAUACAAAUAAUAAGAAGAUGGAUGUUCCGGUCAGGUGGACUUUUCUAACUGCAGAGUGGCAUUCAGACCUGUAACCUCAACAUUUUUUUUUAAUAUAAAACAAACAAAAAAAAAAACAACCUUCUACCACAGUAUGUUACCAGUGUUACGUUUUCAAUUUUUUUUUUUUUUUUUUGCGAUAGCUGGACUAAUACCCCUUAUUAUGGUUCUUGGCACUUGAUGUACAUCAAUGUUAUUGUCAAAGGGUGCCAUUAAUAAUGGUUAAUGUCAGUAGGUGCAAGUGUAAAAGAUGGAUGACUGCUGGUGGAAAUAAACAAUUAUGUUCAUGAGAUUUAAUUAUCGAUUAAGCAAAGUUGCAUUGGGGAAUUUAUUUUUUAAUUUUUUUUUCUUGUUUAUAUAUAUACACACACGUUUGCUCACCAAGAUCUAUCACUUAAAUACACUAUCGGGUUGCAUAAAGUAUUUGUUGGCCAACUGUAAAAUUGAUAUAGUUGUGUUGGGUACAUUAUAGCCCUAUUAAAAGGGAGUGUUGGCCAAAAUGAAUUAACCAUUGGACUUAACAAAACAUCUAUCAGCUGUACAUAUCAGUUUUCAUUUUGCGUAUGCCGAAACAUUUUGAUUAUGACUUUAAGGGAUAUAUUAAGCAUUUAAUCCAAACAGCUAAGUAAUAUAUUUCAAGUUCUCUGAAGCACUCUCAAGGCGUUUUAUUUUUCAUCUUGUUACAUUAAAGUGAUUGGUUUCUUCUUUAAAAAAAAAUAAAAAAAAAAUAGGAGUUACGGGAAUUAAAGAAUGGAGGUAAUUAAAAUAUUGCCCUAAAAGUUUACAGUCCUGUAUGGAUCUUAAGAACAUAUUCCCAUGUUCACAGUGGGGGUAGAAAAGCAAUACUCACUUUCAACCUCUUCAUGGAUUGCUUGUCUUUUAAAAUGCUUGGCUCCUUUGAAAUUAAUAAUCAAUCUGAUUUGGUGGCUUCAGGGUUCAAGUCAUGUAUACUCGUAGUUGUGCACUUGCAACUCUGACAACCACUGUAGCUCACUGAAAUGUACUAGCCAAUAGUUGUAUUUAGUUAAUUUGGGGUUUCUUUGGAAUAGGAUAUAUAUAUAUAUAUAUAUAUAUAUAUAUAUAUAUAUAUAUAUAUAUAUAUAUUCCCCAAACUAUGUUAUUAUUGCCGUAUGUGUAACCCGAAAAUAUUGACGUUGUUCACGUAGAAAACCGAUCAAACACUGGUAAUCAGUACUGGCUAGAUAACUUUCUUCAAAAAAAGGUACCGGUAUUGCACAUGUAAAAUAAGAAAUACAAUUUGCUGUGUGUUUGGCAAUCUUGUAAUCUUUACAUUUUCUUUUUGUUGAAUUUGAUUUCUGAAAUGAUUGUUUGGAAGACUGUGACAAUAACUCAUAAAAUUGAGUGAUUUUUCUUUUUUUAAUAAUACGUAAAGUGCAGUCUUCUGUAUUCACGCAUAUUGUAUAUAUCUGUAUAUGUUUUAUUGAGCAACUAAAUAACAAUAAAUAUGAUGUUAAUGGUGGCUAUUGUAUAUCUUUGUGGCUUUGCUGAUGUCUUUAUAUUUAACAUACUGUUUUCCCCCAAAAAUAAAAUUGGGCUUCCAUAAUAA